AUGACCAUCCCUGACAUGACCAACAAGACUUGCCAGGGUCAGUUCAUCCUCCUGGGCUUCUCAGACAGACCAGGCCUGGAACAUGUUCUCUUUGUGUUCGUCCUCAUCUUCUACCUGGCGACCUUGGCAGGCAACGUCAUCAUCAUCCUUGUCUCCUGCCUGGACCCCUUCCUCCACACUCCCAUGUACUUCUUCCUCACCAACUUGUCCUUCCUCGACCUUUGCUUCACCACCAGCUCAAUCCCCCAGCUGCUUUUCAACUUGAGUGGCCUGGACAAGACCAUCAGUUAUGUGGGCUGCGCCAUCCAGCUGUUCAUGUUCCUGGGGCUGGGGGGCACAGAAUGCAUUCUCCUGGCAGUCAUGGCUUUCGAUCGCUUCACUGCAAUCUGCAAGCCCCUUCGCUACUCAGUCAUUAUCCAUCCCCAGCUCUGCUGGAAGUUGGUGUCUGUGGCCUGGGGCAUUGGCCUCCUCAACUCCCUGGUUAUGUCUCCAGUGACUAUGAAGCUGCCACGAUGUGGCAGGUGCCAGGUGAAGCAUUUCCUGUGUGAGAUGCCAGCUCUGAUCAAAAUCGCCUGGGUGGACACCGUGGCUGUGGAGAGCACUGUGUUUGUCUUGUCGGUGACAAUUGUCCUGGCACCCCUGUCUCUCAUCCUCAUCUCCUACACCCAUGUCGCCCUGGCAGUGAUGAGAAUCAAGUCAGCCGUAGGCAGGAGGAAGGCUGUCAACACAUGUGGGUCCCACCUCACUGUAGUUGCCUUGUUUUAUGGGAAUAUUAUCUACAUGUAUAUGCAACCAGGAAGGAAUUCUUCUCAGGACCAAGGGAAGUUUCUUACCCUCUUCUACAACUUGGUGACUCCUAUGCUAAACCCAGUCAUCUACACGCUAAGAAACAAGGACGUAAAGGACUCACUAAAGAGACUUGUGUCUAGACAGUAA